GGCAUGGAGAAGGAGGCGGCGGCGGAGCUGGAGAUCCCCGGUGAGUGCCAGUACGCGGGGGAUCCAGUGUUGGUGCGACCGAGCCAGCCGACGCCGCGCCACACCCUGCACCUCUCCAACCUCGACGACCAGCGGUUCCUCCGUUUCUCCAUCAAGUACCUGUACGUGUUCGGCGCCGACGCCGCCGUGCCCGCCGACGCGCUGCGGGCGGCGCUCGGCAGGGUGCUCGCCGACUACUACCCGCUCGCCGGCCGGCUCCGGCCGAGCGCCGAGGAGGAUGGGAAGCUCGUCGUGGACUGCAAUGCCGAGGGCGCCCUCUUCGCCGAGGGCCGCCUCCCGGGCCUCGCCGCCGCCGACUUCCUCAGCGGCAGCGACCGGCCGCACAAGUCCUGGAGGAAGCUGCACUACAGGGUGGAGGCGCAGAGCUUCGUCGCCGUGCCACCUCUCGUCGUCCAGGUCACUUGGCUCGCGUGCGGCGGCAUGGUCCUCUGCACCGCCAUCAACCACUGCAUCUGCGACGGCAUCGGCACCGCGCAGUUCCUCCACGCCUGGGCGCGCGCCGUGCGCGGCGGCGGCGGCCGCGACGCACUGGACGCCGGCGGCGACGACACUGCCCUGCCGUUCCACGACCGCCGCGCCCUGCGCCCGCGCUGCCCACCGCGCGUCGCGUUUGCGCACCCGGAGUACAGCACCCGCGGCAUCAUCAACGCCGCCGUCGCCAACGGCAACGGCAACGGCAGCGCGAACGAGGCGCCGAGCCUGCUGGCGCGCCUGCUGGGGCAGCCGCUAGCGCCCGUGUCGCUCACCUUCACGGCGGCGCACCUCCUCCGGCUGAAGCGGCAGUGCGUGCCGUCGCUCAAGUGCACCUCCUUCGAGGCCCUGGCGGCGCACGUGUGGCGCGCGUGGGUGCGCGCCCUGGACCCGCCCGGCGCGCUGCGCGUGAAGCUGCUCUUCUCCGUGAACGUGCGGCGGCGCCUGAGGCCCGAGCUGCCGCGGGGCUACUACGGCAACGGCUUCGUGCUCGGGUGCGCCAGGUCCACGGCGGCCCAGCUGACGUCCCCGUCCUGCGGCUCGGCCGCGCGCUACGGGGUGCGGCUGGUGCAGGACGCCAAGGCGUGCGUGGACGACGACUACGUGCGCUCCAUGGUCGACCUCCUGGAGGAGCGGCGCGGCGCCCGCCCGGACCUGGCGGCCAGCCUGGUGAUCUCGGCGUGGACGCGCCUGGGCCUCGAGGACCUGGACUUCGGCGCCGGCAAGGCCGCGCACAUGGGCCCGCUCACCAGCGAGAUCUACUGCGUCUUCCUGCCCGUGGUCGGCGACCCGCACGCCGUCACUGUGCUCGUCUCCGUCCCGCAGGCCGCCGCCGACAAGUUCCAGCACUUCUGCCUCGGGUUCCUCAAGGACGUCGAAGUGGACGCGAAGCUCACCUGAGCUACUAUGGCUAUGAUGUAUGAUCCAGCUUGCUAGCUCGUCGAUGAGUCUCAGUUUGAUUUUCCACCGUGCAUUCUGCUUUCUGCAUGCUAUAUGAGAAAAUGAUGGAGUAUUAUGCUAAUUACUCCCGGUCAAUAUAAUUGUGUCGAACGGAUGAAAUGAAAGAUCGUCUGGUGAUGAUCAUAGUCAUGCAUGUAUCGGCUGCGGUCCGAUCCAGUAGUAAUAUCAAUCAAUCAAUCGGUGAUGAGGUC